AGUUCCUUAAAAUGGCCGUCGAGAGCUGUUUGGAUUUUCCCAUCUGGGCUCUGCUGCCGAAGAAAGAGACGUGUAUUCCGGCAUUCCUGGGCAAAUACCCGGACUACGAUGGAAGAGGGAUCAAGAUCGCGAUCUUGGACUCCGGCGUCGACCCCGGUGCGCCGGGACUUCGGGUGACGAGCGAUGGGAAGCCCAAGGUGAUUGACCUGAUGGACGCGACGGGGGCCGGCGACGUGGACACCAGCACGGUCGUCGAGGCCCAAGACGGGGAGAUUGUGGGACUGACCGGGCGCAAGCUCAAGAUACCGGACUCGUGGACCAACCCAACCGGAAAAUACCACGUCGGUGUCAAGUGUGCUUACGAGAUGUACCCCAAGUCACUCAAAGAACGUGUUCAAAAAAGCUACAAGGAGAGGGAGUGGUCCCCCCCGCACAACCUGGCCCUGGCCAAGGCCGCUCGGAAGCUCCAGCAGUUUGAAGCCGGCCAUUCCGCAGCCCCCCUGGGCCAGGAAGAGAAGCUGGAGAAGGAGGAACUGGAGACGCAGGUGGAGCUGCUCGGGGCACUCGAGAAGAAGUUCGAAGACCUGGGACCCGUCUACGACUGCGUGGUCUUUCACGACGGCAACCUGUGGAGGGCCGUUGUGGACACGUCCGAGAAGGGGGACCUGGAAAGCUGCACCCUGCUGGGGACCUACAGGGAGACCCUCGAGUUUGCCACCCUGUCCAAAGAAGACUCCCUAAAUUAUGCUGUCAACAUCCACGACGAUGGAAAUUUGCUGGAAAUAGUGGGCAAUUCGUCGACGCACGGGACCCACGUGGCGUCCAUAGCGGCGGCCUGCUUCCCGGACCGGCCCGAGCGCAACGGGGUGGCCCCGGGGGCCCAGCUGGUGUCCAUCGGCAUCGGGGACAUCCGCCUGGGCUCCAUGGAGACCGGCACUGCCCUGGUGCGCGCCGUGGUCAAGCUCCUCGAGACGGGUUGCCACGUCAUCAACAUGAGCUACGGCGAGCACGCCCACUGGCUCGGAGGGCGUCUGUUGGAACUGCUUCACGAGGUUGUGGACAAGCACGGCGUGAUCAUGGUAAACAGUGCGGGCAACCACGGGCCCGCCCUGUCCACCGUCAAUGCCCCCGGCACCAUGCCCAGCUCCUCCAUCAUCGCGGUCGGAGCCUACGUGUCGCCAGAGAUGAUGCUCGUCGAGUACUCGCUGCGGGAGAAGAUGCCCGGCCUGGGCUACACGUGGACCUCAAGGGGCCCCUCCCCAGAUGGUGGCCUGGGGGUGAGCGUGUGUGCACCGGGAGGCGCCAUCACCUCGGUGGCCAACUGGACGCUGCGGGGAAGCCAGCUGCUCAACGGGACCUCCAUGAGCUCGCCGCACGUCGCGGGUGCCAUUGCCCUCCUGCUGUCCGGACUGAAGGCCCAGGGACUGCCCUACUCGCCGUACAGCGUGCGCAGGGCCAUGGAGAACACGGCUCUCAAGGUUGCCAGCUGGGACCCCUUCAGCAUGGGCUACGGCCUGCUGCAGGUGGACAAGGCCUUUGAGCACCUCCUGGAGCAUGGGGACUGCCCCGAGCGGGACGUGCGCUUCCGGGUGAACUGCGGGGUCCACAGGCGGGGCAUCUACCUGCGGGAACCGCACGUCGUGGACAAGCCCUCCAUGUGCAGCGUCUGCAUAGAGCCCCUGCUGCUCAACGAACAGCUCGCAGCUGCGCAGUGCAAGAUUGGCUACGAGCAGAACCUGAGCCUGGUGUGCAGCGCCAGCUGGGUGUCGGCACCGGCCCUGCUUAGCCUGAGCUACGUGGCACGCACCAUCUGGGUCAAGGUGGACCCGACGGGAUUGCCUCCCGGCGCACACUACGCCGCCGUCCAGGCCAUAGACGUGAGCAGUCCACAGAAGGGUGCCGUCUUUGACAUCCCCAUCACGGUGGUGAAGCCCAGGCGGCUGACGGACCGGGACGGCUACGAGUUGCGUGCCAAGGGCGUGACCCUAAAGCCGGGCGUGAUGCAGCGGGAGUUUGUGGUGGUACCCACGGGGGCCACCUGGGCCAGCCUGCAGGUCAAGUCCGCGGAUCCGCAGAACGUGGCCCAUGUGGUGGUGCACGCGGUGCAGCUGAAGCAGCAGUUGUCCUGCCAGGCCUCGGAGUUCCAGAAGACCUUUCCCCUGGCACCGGCCUCUGAGGCGUCCUUCGCCUUCUCGGUCUUUGACGACUCGACCCUGGAGCUGUGCCUGUCCAAGUGGUGGACCAACCUGGGCGACGUGGUGGUGGACUACAGCCUCUCCUUCUUCGGCCUGAAGCCCGAGCAGCCCUGCCUGAGCAUGCGUGCCUCGGACGGCGUGUACCGCUUCGACGUGAUGUCGCACCUCAAGUCGGAAGAGGUGCUUCCGGUGGCCACCCUCAAGCACCACGUGGCGGUGCUCAGGCCAGCAGACUCCAAGAUCCAGCCCCUCGGAUCCCGCGACGUCAUACCGGAGGGUCGCCCCGUUUACGAGAUCCAGCUCACCUACAACUUCAGCAUUAACAAGGGGGCGGAAGUGACGCCCAGCUGCCCGCUGCUCUCGGAGCUGCUGUACGAGUCGGAGUACGAGGCCCAGCUGUGGAUGAUCUUUGACGCCAACAAACAGCUGGUCGCUUCGGGAGACGCCUACCCCAACAGGUACUCGACCAAGCUGGAGAAGGGGGAGUACGUGGUGCGGCUGCAGGUGCGCCACGAGCAGCGGCCCCUGCUGGAGCGGCUGUCGGACCUCCCGCUGCACCUGUCCCAGAAGAUGGCGAGCGGGCUGGCCCUGGACGUGUACCGGGGCCACGCCCAGGCCCUGGUCGGGGGCAAGAAGUUUGCCGGGGUCACGGCGCGCCCGGGCUCCCGCCUGCCCGUCUUCCUCACCCCCUGCCCCUGUGACAAGCUUCCUAAAGGCUGCAGUCCGGGGCACUUUCUGACAGGCACCGUGACCAUCUGCAAGGACGAGCAGGGAAAGAAAGUGGCCGUGUUCCCCCUGACGUACCACAUUGGGGAGCUGCCCAAGAAGAGCUCGUCCGCCACCAAGGUGGCCAGCUCGGAGGAGAAGACGCCCGAGCUCGAGUUCCAGGAGGCCCUCCGGGACCUCAAGAUUUCCUGGAUCCCCAAGCUCCAGGGCCAGGCCUCGUCGGAGCUCUUUGAAGAGCUGAGGGCGAGCAGCCCCAAGCACGUGCCCCUGCUCCUCGCUCGCAUGCAAGCCCUCGACGGCGACAAGGAGCGCGGCAGUCAGCUCCACGAGAUUGUGUCCCUGGCAGACCAAGUGCUCGGCUCCAUAGACACGCUGGAGCUGCUGGCCGCACUCGGGGCACGCACCGACAAGAAGGACCAGAACAACAAGCAGCAGGAGAAGCAGAAGGGCCAGGUGGUGGAGGCCCUGACCAAGAAGGGGGCCGCCCUGUGCGACCUGUUCCUGGCCCGUGCGGAGGGCAGCGGGGACGGCCGCCCACAGGUGUCCAGCACCGAAGGGAGCCCCGAGGCGGAGCCCCCUUCCCUGGCCGACCUGAACAGGGCCUACGCCGAGCUGCUCAAGUGGGCGGACCCCGGCGACACCAAGGUGGCGCCGUUUGUGGAGAAGCACGCCAUGGCCCUGGGCCAGCACGGGCGAGCGGCCAAGGUUCUGCUCAAGCUGAUGGAGGACAAGCCCUCCCAGGACCUCGACAAGAGGCUAGUGCAGGUGUACCGACAGCUGGGCUGGGACCACUGCUGCCGGCACGUGGAGCGGAGCAGCCUGGUGCGCUACCCGCCUGCCUACCGGCUCUUCUGAGCACUACCCUAAUAAAAGAGCUUUAAUAGGA